AUGUUGACACGAUUUUUAAUUCGCUCCGCACAAGAUGCUGACGGCCAUUGGACAGCGCAGAUAGCCGCUUGCAAGGACUUUGACUCGAACUUGAACGUGUUUGUCUGCCGUUAUCGCCUGGGAAGGCCCCGCGAGCCAAUGUGUGAUGGCCAAUUUGUUUGCUUUGGGGCUGACGAGACGGUCGUGACGAUUAGCUGCAGAGCAGAACUCUUGGCGGCGCAUACUGCAAGUACGGUUCCGCAUAUAUACGUCGGAUGUCAACUUUCCUUUCCCCGGACUGAGCCCUUGAUCCUGUUGCCAUCCGUCGGCUUGGCGAAGACAGAGAACGGAUCGCGUCUAGGCGGAUUGGAAAUCCAGCUGGAGAUGCAGGCGGGCUAUGAGGACUGGUUGCGUGUUCAGAGCUUGGUGGUUUCCCCCGAACGCCAGCGCCAGGGACUUGGGAGGCAACCGAUGGACAAGGGUCUGCAGAGAGCGCAACAGGAUGUGGCUCCGGUUGGACUUGAAGCGAGUCUGGGUGAGCAAUUUUGA